AUGGAGUGGUAUCAUUGGGAGGGAUGCAGCAGACAAAGGGCAAUCGAUAAAGCAUUGAUCGAAUUGCACGAAGAAGAAAUAAAUCUAAGCUUAGGGCAAACGCAACUUAGGGCAGCAAUAGAAGGACUGGUUGGAUGCUAUUAUAAUCUCGUAGAGAAAUACUCGAUAACCUCUAUGCAAGAUGCGAUGAGUGAGGGUUGGGAGUUGCUUACUGCAAAACUUGCAGGUGGUGGUGUGAGUUCUCGUCGAGAAAGAUUUAUUGAAUUUGGUGGACCGAAUGGUGGUAAUGGAGAAGUAGAAUACAACAUUGCAACGUCUGUCGGGAGAGUAUUAACCAGCAAAGAGGGUAAUUUUAUUAUCGUCGACGACCACUGA